CCUAUCGAAGAGCAUCGUGCGCUUGCAUCAUGCUGGAGUUACAGAAAUGCACGGACCAAGAUCUCAAGGUCGCGGCGGCGAUCGAAAAGAAGCGCCAGAUCGAGGAGCAGAGGAAGACGAGGAUUUUUAAUCCCCGGGUUCGUCGAAUUGGGAUAGAUAAAGAGUUUUUGGACAUGCAAGUCGAGGAGAAGAAGCAGCAGCGCGACUUGGAAAGGCAGAAGGAAUGCAGUUUAGACGAGGCUUUGCUUCGCAGUAGCAAGUUGGCAAUUAUGCUCGCAAAGCAACAGGAUGAAGAAAGGAGAAAAGUGAAUAAGGAGAUCGACACUUUUCGCCAGACGCAUCAGAAGCCCGAAUACCGCCGGGACUUUGAUCUCUACGAUCCCGAAUUGGUCAAAAAAACCAAACCUCUGAGGGAGACGGACAACGACGGAUUGGGGCCCGCAUCCGCGCAAAAAUUCGAGGGCGAGGACGCGAACUUGGUGUGUCGCAGGAAGGAGCAGAAGGAGCAAAUGCUGAGCUGGAUAAUGCAGCAGGUGCAGGAGCGGCGACUCGCCGAGAAGGAGCGACUCGAGGCCGAGCGCGAGUACCAGGAUGCGCUCCUCUCUAGGGACAACCGGGCGAUGGCCCUCGAGACCUCGGAACGAGAUUGUCGACGACGACUCAACGAAGCCACCGCCAAGUUCAAUCGAGCUCUGGCGAAGGAGAAGGAGCAGCGCCAACGUAACCUCGAGGCCCAAGACGACGAGGACAAGCGGGCGGAAAUCUACAACCACGUGACCGGGGAUUUCCUUACGGAGUCCAAGGACCAGGCUGAAAGCACCCGGGGACCCGGUCGGCCUCUGGCUAACCGCUACAAGGGCAUGACCUUGGAUGAGCUUCAGUUUUAUCGGAACGAGCAGACGAGACAGAUGGAGGAGAUCCAGCGAAUGAGAAUGGAAGAAAAUAAGAAAAACGAAAACUGGGAUAAACUGAUGAACGGUAACGCCAGAGCUGCGGAAUCUUAUCAGCGGGAGUUGGAUCGCAAAAGAGCCGAGCUAAACAAGCAGAUUGCCGAGGAAAAUCGACAAUUGGCGCAACAACAUAAAAAGCAUCAAGAUUACUUAAAUCGACAGGUUUAUAAAAAUAAGCCCAGCUCGGAAUUUUAUGAACAAUUUAAUAAGAGUACUAGAUAA